GUCUGCACCGACGUCACCCACUACGACAACGGCGGCCAGCUCGGCAAGCCGUGCCGCUUCGUCUACUACCCGAUGACCUUCUCCGAGUUUCAGAAGCUCAAGCCCGAGAUCGCCGCCGGCCUCCCGCGCAUCGACAGCGGCCCGCCGAAGUCGGCCUCGCAGCCGGCGUCGGAGGUGUCGGGCUCGGAGGACGUGUCGGAGCUGUCCGAGUCGAUGUCGUCCGUGUCGGUCUCCGAGUCGAACGCGUCCGAGGGCUCCGGCCUCUCCACGACUCUCGCAAAGGUCGACGAGAUGAUUGCGGCGGGCCUCAUCCUGCCGAUGAACUUCCCCGACCCGGGCGAGCCAGAGGGGACCCGCACAUUAGGCAAGCCCGAGGGGAUCCGCACGUUCCGCAAGCCGGUGAUGACCCUCAAAAAGUGCUCCUUCAAGUACCCCGAGACGGACCGGUACAUCCUCAAGGAGGUCGACGCCACCGUCACGCUCGGCUCGCGCGCCGUGAUCGUCGGCGGCAACGGCUCAGGCCUCUCGACCCUCCUCGUGGUCGGGACAUGCAAGUCGACCUUCCUCAAGCUUCUCAUCGGCGACCUCGAGCCCGAGGAGGGGCAGGGGGAGAUGUGGAAGCACCACGCGCUGCGCCUCUCGCCUGAGGACGCCGAUGAGAAGCUUGAGGAAGGUCGACUUGCUUACGGGGCGCGUCUCGGAUAUGUCGAGGAUGUGUGCCGGACAUGUGCCGACCACGAGGAGGGUCGAGAGGCCUGA